GGCGCUCUGGCUCUGCUGUCGCAGGAGGAGCUCUUGGAGAUGAAGGAGUAUCCCUGCUCCAACGAGAGACCUGAAUGCCUCCUGGAGAAGUACGACAGCGAUGGCGUGUGGGACCCCGAAAAGUGGCAUGCAUCCCUGUACCCCAGCUCGGAGCGCAGCUCGCCGGUUGAGGGGUACAGGAAGGAUUACCCCGGAGACGACCGGGUCCCCCUGAAGCGCAGGAUGGCAGAUCCCCGGGACAGGCUGAAGGAGGAGGACCUGGAUGUGGUGCUCAGCCCGCAGAGGCGCAGCUUCGGCGGGGGCUGCCAGGGCACGGCGGCGCUGGGGCCCCAGGCGCGGCGGGCCGUCUCCCCCCUGGAGAACAAGGAGAACGAGAGCCUGCGGCUGGGGGCGGCGCGGCGCAUCGGCAGCGGCCGCAUCAUGGCGGCGCGCGGCUUCGAGCGGGAGGCGCGCGGCGAGAAGGAGGCCCGGGAGAGGGACUUCAAGGACAAGAGAUUCAGGAGGGAUUUCGGUGACAAGCGGGUCUUCAGCGAGAGGAGACGAAACGACUCGUACACCGAGGAGGAGCCCGAGUGGUUUUCGGCGGGCCCCACGAGCCAGUCCGAGACCAUCGAGCUCAUCGGGUUCGACGACAAGGUACUGGAGGAGGAGAAGAGGCGGAGCAAGCGCUCCAGGAAGCGCUCGGAGUCCGUCAAGGAAGCGGUGGAGUGCAACGGCGGGCUGGCGGAGGAGCCCGAGGCGGAGGUCUGUGUGGACCUGGCGGCGGACCAGGAAGUCCCGCGCCGCGUGGUUCUGGCGGAGCCCGGCCCCGGCGACUUCGACUUCAACGAGUUCUUCGACCCGGAGAACACCGUGCCGGGCCUGGCCUCGAUGAUCGAGGACGUGCUGGGGGAACGGCCGGUGCUGGCCAGCCGGUUCAGCCGCUGGUUCUCCAGUAACGUCAGCCCGUCCGGCAGCCGGUCCAGCAGCCUGCGCUCCACCCCGCACGAGGAGCUGGAGAGGCUGGCAGGUCUGGAGCAGCGGUGCAUCUCCCCCAGCCUGGCCCACUACUUCGCCCCCAUCCAGUCGGCGGAGGAGAAGAAGGAGAAGGACAAGGUGGAUAUCCUGGAGCUGCUGCAGAAGGCCAGGAUCGACCUGAAGCCCCUGCUGUCCAGCCUGUCCGCCAACAAGGAGAGGCUACGGGAGAGCUCUCACUCUGGCGUGGUGCUGUCUCUGGAGGAGGUGGAGGUGGGCCUGAAGGGCCUGAAGGUGGAGGGCGAGAGGCCGGGGGCCGGGACGCCCUUCAUGGCCGAGCACCUGGAAGAGGCGCUCGCGGGCGGCACCAGCUCCGGGCCCCGACCCGGGCCCGCGCGGCCCAAGGAUGGCGACAUGUCGGCUUUCAACAAGCUGGUCAGCACCAUGAAGGCAAGUGGCACGCUGCCCACCCAACCCAAAGCCAACCAAACCCUGGACAGCCAGUUCGUCCCCUCCACAGAGCUGCCGCCCCAGAAGAACAUCCUGCAGGAGAUCCUGGGCCCCCAGGUGCCCCCGCCACCUGGCUCCCCGAGUCUCCUGGGCGGCUUGCUGGGGCAGCGGGGCCCCUCCCCGCCCCUGUUCCGCCCGGGCGCCCCGUCCCCGGACUACUUCCCCCUGCGCGUGCAGCCCCCGGCAGGAUUCCCGGCCGGAGCACAGCCCCUGCUGGCGGACUCGUUCCCGGAGGUGCACAGACCCCUGAGCCCCAGGGCUCCCCAGCAGAUGAGCUCGCUGGGGCUGGACCAGGCGACGCUGGAGGCUCUGGCGUACCAGCAGGACCUGGCUCUCCAGGCGCGGCAGCUGUACCAGCAGGGAUUCGGGAAGUUACCGCAGGACAAGUGCCGAGAGUCCUACCGCAGCAGGCAGCCCAGGAUGACCCGAUCCCCAGGGCCCGGUGUGCACCGCGCCAGCAGCAGCUCGCCGGGCAGCACCGUGACCAGCAUGGUGAGUCUGAUGCUGACGGGAGGGGCAAAGGGUCCGCAGGGGCAGAACAAAACCCUCCCCGCUGCUGCAGGGGGCCUUGCCGCUCAGCGUCAGCGUUCAGGAAGUGGAGAGCGGGUGCCGAGCUCCUCCCCCUUGCUGGAGAGUGAGCAGACGAGGGCGUGA